AUUUUUCAAAAUAUUCUUUUGUCCUUUUUGGACUGUGAGAUGUGGUAGUGGGUUUCAUAUGUUGAGCGAUAUGGGAUGCCAUAGCGCUAGCACUCAUUAUAAAGUUUUAAUAACCAUGGUUGCAUAUGCUAUAGAACAUCGUCAAGAGGAAGUGGCAAAAUAUCUUUAUAAAUAUAGGGCAGAUAUAUUUUAUGACAUUGAUGAAGAUGGAAACAAUAACUUACAUCUAGCAGCAAAGUUAGCGCCUCAUUUUCAACUAGAUCGCAUCUCUGGUGCAGCUUUGCAGUUGCAAAGUGAAUUACGCUGGUUUAAGUCUGUGGAAGCAAUUGUUCCACGGUUCUACACCGAACAGAAAAAUAAAAAUGGUGAAACUCCUUACCAAGUGUUUGUUAAAGAACACAAGAACUUGUUAAAAGAAGCUGAAGAAUGGAUGAAGAGAACUGCUGAAUCUUCUACAGUCGUAGGUGCUCUUAUUAUCACUAUUAUGUUUGCUGCGGCUUUUACUGUUCCAGGUGGGAACGAUCAAAAUACAGGCUUCCCCAUAUUUUUGAAUACAACGGAACCGGCGGAAUCUUCUACGGUUACACCGUUUAAGGUAUUCAUAGUAUCAGAUGCAGUUUCCCUUUUUACUGCAUCCAGUUCAGUGUUCAUGUUUUUGGGGAUUCUCACUUCACGUUACGCUUAUGAAGAUUUUCUUAUAUCCUUGCCCAUGAAGUUGAUUUUUGGUCUUUUUUCACUCUUCAUCUCUAUUGCAACAUUGACAGUAGCAUUUUGUGCUACUCUUUACGUGAUGCUACGAGGUCAACGGAAGGAAGUCAUUCCAAUAACUGUGCUUGCUGGUAUUCCUAUCAUGUGCUUUGCGUUUAUGCAGUUUCGUCUUCUUGUUGAGAUUGCUGCUUUAACUCUUAGGCCAGACAUCUUUGGUAGAAAAACUGCAACAACACGGUUGUUUGAAUGGCUGGGCGAUAAUAUUCCCAUCAUUCCAUCUGUGGUAGACGUAGUGAUCGAUGGACCGAUCGAAAGACUGAUCGGUGGACUGACGGACAGACGGAUCGAUGUACUGACCCGAUCGAUCAGCUAUCUAAGACGCAGAAACGGAUAGUCAUGGUUAAGUGUAUUUUUUGUUUUUUUAGCUAUGUUUUGAUUUGGCUUGGAUUGUUGGUGCUUUCUGAUUAUAACGCAAAACCAGCUGGUGGUCGAAAGAGAGAGCAAUCUGCUGGAAUGGAUGAGGACUAGCCUCUGCACUGAAAUCGUUCAGUUAUCUUUAUGUUGUAUCUCACUGUGCUGGUUUCGGAACUUGUUUAGGCAUCUCUCGUUUUCUUUUGGAUUCCUAAAAAAACUUUUGGCUUGGAAAAUUUUGUUCCUUAUUUUAAAAAGAAAAAUGGUCUUGUACUUUCUUCUACCGUUACUUAAAUCUCUUCAAUGCCUGUAACCUCCUUCUUGGUUUAACUUAAAAAGAAUUGAGGAGGAAAAGAAUGAAAGAAUGUAGCUAUU